GAACAGUAUUGUAAGAAGAGUGGUUGAUAAUGAAGAAAGAAAAAGGGAGUAAAACGUCCUUUCUUCCUUGGGUUAACCUGGUCAUUUCCUUGGCUUGUGUUGGUUGUCUGAUUCAUGUUCAGUGGUCGCUACACUCUCACCGCGAGCAGAUUGGACAUCUCCUUAACAAGAAGUGCAUGGAUGAGAGAAUUAACGAACUGGAAAAAGAUCCUCUAGGAAAAGAUGUUCAUCUUCGCUCCAAACGRUCAGAUUACACCGAAGGUCUCUCUAGCGUGCUUUCAAACUACACAUCAAAAAGCCACUACGUGAUCCGGGAAGAAAUUACAAGACAAAUACGACAAAUCAUCAAGACACAAAUAUGUGUCAAAAACCAGAAGAUGUGUCUCCGAGGUCCCACGGGCAGAAGGGGCAGAAGUGGCAGAAGGGGCCCCAGAGGACCUAGAGGAUCUAAAGGACCAAGGGGACUGAUGGGACCAAAAGGUCCCGUAGGUAAACAUGGACCUCCCGGUUCCCCGUGUAAAAGUUGCAAUAUUACGAUAGAUAAUCUGCCAGAUCUGAGAGGUCCUCAAGGCCCACCCGGUCCAACAGGACCCAGGGGACAGAAAGGAGAACCAGGAAUCGCGGUUUCUGCUGCCAGUAUUUCCAUUCCUCCGAGAUCGGUCACUGUCAACAAAAGCGACAUUGUGUCUUUCUACUGCGCUGCAAAGGGCUAUCCAGCACCCAAAGUUACCUGGCAAAAAGUCAAUUCCUCAUUACCAGACGGUCGAUAUGAGCGUGAUAAAAAUGGAGGUCUUUUGAUACGAAAUAUUACGAAAAGUGACGAAGGAAUUUACAAAUGCACGGCAACAAAUAUUUUCCCAGGAGAAGCAGUGGCAUUUGCUUCUCUCGUUGUUCAAGAUGAAACUAAAAUAGACAAGAAACCUUCACCUGUUAUCACGGAAGAAGGUCACACAGCGACAUUUACGUGCACUGCAAGUGGAAGUCCAACACCAAAGAUCACGUGGUCAAAGGUAUUUAACGCACUUCCUGCCGGUAGAUAUAAAGUAUCACAAACAAGAGGCAUAAAAACGGAAAAAAUAAAUGGGGUAAUCUUGAAGACCAAAUUGUUGUCGAGUAACCUGACAUUGAUGAACCUGUCAACCACAGAUAGUGGAACAUACAUUUGCGAGGCAAACAAUAAAUUGAACAACAAGAAAGUUAUAGGACAAUUAACGGUUUUGCGCGCCCUUUCAUUCAGGGUUUUACCGCCAUCAAGAAUUGAGGCCAGAGAAUGGGAUAGAGUUUUGAUUCGUUGUGAAGCAGGAAAUGCGAUAGGACUGAGUUGGAAAAUCAAUCUGAAAUCUGUAAAUGUCUUUGAACAUAAGAAUGGAAGUCUUGAAUUCAAAGAGACAACUUCACAGGAUCAAGGGAAGUACACGUGCAUUGCAUGGAACGCUUACAGGAAGAUAUCAGCAGUAGUGGAACUAGUAGUUAGACCCCAAGCAUGUAUAAGGGAGAGACCGUUAGGAAUGGAAAGCAGAGCAAUACCAGAUUCCUCAAUAACUGCUUCAUCUAAGUAUAGUGAAAACGAUGCUGGACAUGACGCCAGAUUGAAUAAUAGCCCCAAACAUUGGGCACCAUCUUCUGAUCGUGUCGGUGAAUGGCUGCAGGUAGACUUUGGCAGGUUGACACUCGUAACCAAAGUCGCUACACAAGGAAGACCAUUUUUAAAAGCAUGUUACGUGACAAGCUACUCGUUAUCGUAUCGUCGAGAGAAUGAAAGCUGGAAAAUAUACAUGCAUGCAUCACACGGAAAAACACUUCCUGGUAACACCAAUUAUCAAGGUACCGUCACUAACACCCUGAAUCCAAAGAUCAGCACAAGAUAUAUUCGCAUUUAUCCAAAAACAUGGCAGCUUGCCAUUACCAUACGAAUGGAAUUCUAUGGGUGUAGACGAAUACUUAACUUCAUAUAUAAUAAUCCAGUAUUUGCCAUGAAGGAGAACCAUGAAGCCAGACGCGUCUUCAUUCCAUGGUUCGCUCUGUUUAUCUCUCUUGCCUCUGUUGCUUGUCUGGUUCAUGUUCAGUGGACGCUUUACACGCAUCGCGAACAGAUUGGCUUUCUCAUGAAACAAAACGAGGAACUAAGGGACUUGAAACAACAGCUUUUUGAAUGGAACAAGCAAGCUGAAGAUGCACACUACAGAGUUAAGCGGUCGUACCACGUACAAGGAAGCCCUGGUGUGGCUGUAAAUUUCUCAUCUGAGAUAUCAAAACAAAUAAAGGAAUAUUUGAGAAACAAAGGCUGUUUGAAUACGCAAAUGAUGUGCCUUAGAGGUCCAAGAGGAAAGAAAGGUCAACCAGGCAUAAUAGGGCCCCGCGGGAAAAGAGGCCCAAGAGGGCAAAGGGGACCCAUGGGACCYAUGGGACCUGCAGGACCACCAGGACCUCCAUGUCGGCAGUGCCGUUUUCCAUCCAAACGCAAGGGCCCAUUGGRAAAAUUGGUCCCAASUACUUCGCCUAAACCAUCAAUACAAAUUAAUGCUGGCAGCAAUCUUGGUCCUGGAAUGGCAGGCUCUAAUAGUAUCUUAAUUAUCCCCAAGUCUGCUUCCAUCAACCAUGGCGGCAUGGCCAYUUUUUAUUGUCUAGCAAGAGGAUUUCYMAAUUCRCGUGUUUCAUGGCAAAAAGUAGGUUCAAUUUUGCCAUUUGRUCGUCAUACUGUCGAUGAAAACGGAGGCCUSCUUCUCAGAAUGGUCAAGAAAAGUGAUGAAGGCACCUACAAAUGUACAGCAACAAGUAUCCAUGGKAYAAYUAAAGUCGCUUAUGCUAGACUUUAUGUAGAAGAUAAAAUCAAAAUAGUGAAAAAGCCAUCUUCGAUUAUCACCGAAGAAGGCUCUGAAGCCGCUUUCAAGUGCGAAGCAAGUGGAGAUCCAACCCCAAAUAUCACGUGGUCUAGCUGUCUUAGUUCUCUUCCAGCUGAUCGUUACAAAGUCUCUCUAGUGAUAACGCAAGAAAAACGUGUUGGUUCGUCUCCUAUAAAACUGUUAUCAAGUUCUUUGACAUUGAGGAAUGUGUCUGUCAAGGAUAGCGGGACAUUCAUUUGUAAGGCUACUAAUAGGUUAAAUACAGAGAAUGCGAUGGGUCAGUUAACGGUUCUACCUGCACUCUCCUUCUCCGUGGUACCRCCAGAAAACGUUGAAGUAGAGGAAGGAAAAGAUGUGUGGGUACAUUGCAAUGCUGCUAAUGCAGUAGGACUCAGCUGGAUUCAGCCACAGAGCAACACCAAUGCUAUUAUUUACAGUAAUGGAAGUCUUGGAUUAACGAAGGUAACCAUCAGGGAUCAAGGCACGUACACUUGCACAGCCAGAAAUGCUUACAGGGAGAUCACUGCUCGGAGUCAUUUGAAAGUGAAGCUAAGGUUUCUUGUUUCCACGAUAUUGCGUCUGCCAGGUAAUGAAAAAUACUUGAGAGCUCUUUCAGGAUUCUUGUCUCCAGUGCUUCAGAAUCCAAGUACGAGUCGUUGGUUGAGGUGCUGGCACGCUGCAACAGAUGGUUGGGAUGUAACGACCACAUUCCACCCACAAUGUGACGGAAAGGGACCCACAGUAACUAUUGUUCGUGUGGGGAAAUACGUGUUUGGGGGAUAUACUGAAAUGUCUUGGCACAGUAAGCGAUAUUAUCCUAGUAGUGACCAGUAUUUUUCAUCAACGAGGUCGUUUUUGUUCUCGCUUUUCAACAUCAAAGGAUUUAAUCCCAUCAAACUGCCCCUUACAGGAAAUCAUAACCAAUAUGCAUUAUACUGGGGCAAAGAGUACGGUCCUACUUUUGGAGCAGGGCAUACCCUCUACAUAUCAAAUCAUGCAUCUAGCAACACUAACUCGUACACAACAUUCCACACGUACAAGCUUCCCCCCGGAUGCUCUUUCAACAAAAAAUGUAGCUUCUUUGCCGGUUCUUYAUCUUUUACCCCCAGCGACAUUGAAGUCUUUUAUGAGAUAAGCUAAGAACGAUUUACGAAGUGACAAAUUCAUAAAGAUCUUAAUAUUGUUGGUGAUCCUGCAGAAAGUUCCGGUGUGCAGAUUGGUCUCUUGAUCGUCUACGAACAGCUUUUCGUUCAUGGUUAUGCAAAGAAAAUAAAGAAAAGAUAGCAAACAAAAUGUGGGUAGUUGUAAUCAUCCGCUAGGUUAUAAGGGUUGCAUGAAGACAUUUUUCUUUUGCUUGCCAAUAUCUUAAAAAAAACAACAUAUAUAUAUUCCAUAUAGCAUGGCUUUAAUAUAACAGAUGUACGACUUUCAUAAACUACGUUCAUCGGACAAUAGAAUUAAAAAUAGAAUUAAAAAGCCUCUUAUAAACUGGACUUCAUUUCGAAUAAGUUAAUAUGGCAUGUGUGCUAUUGAUAUUUUUCUCUAUUUUUAGUUACAAGUUCAAUUUCUUAUUUAUGCGCCUUUGCAUGUCGAAACAUGAUAGUAUAUUGUUGAGUCUUUAGUCUGUUGCUCUGUAUCUGUCCCGUCAAAAACCGGAAAGAGCGGUACGUAAGCAUCAAAUAAACAUACGAUAGGGAAAA